AUGAAUGGGAAGAUCGCAACGACAACUGCUGUCCUGUGCUUGCUCCUCAUGACCUGUGGUGCGGAGGCCAUGUUGUGCAGAACGCCAAGCACGAUCUUCAAAGGGAUUUGCAGGCAGAAUAGGAAUUGCGCCAACAUCUGCGUCUCAGAGGGUAGAAGCGGCGGAUACUGUAAAGGACUUCCGAUGCGCAAGCGGUGCAUGUGCACUUUUGACUGCAGCAGCGGCGGAGGCGACGUAGUGACAAAGGCGGUGGUGGCGGUGGCGGUGGAGGAGGUGGUAGCGGCAGCGGUGGAGCGACGGUGGCACUAA